AUGGACAACAAGAUAUCGCCCGCACCCCUCGAGGUGUUCAUCGAGCCCACAAUCUCGGUGCAGGAAGGCACUGUCGAGCUUGCCGAACUCAAGGAAAGAUUCAAUGUCUGGAGUACCAUUGGCAUGGCAUAUGCAUUGAUCGCCACUCCUUUGGGGAUUGGCAGCUACUUGGUCUUUACGCUCGGCGUAGGCGGAUCUCCUUACUUCAUCUACGGCUACAUCUUUGUCGCCAUCAUGCAACUGGCGGUGUGCUCCAGCCUGGCUGAGAUUUCCGCCGUCUUCCCCCAUGCUUCUGGUCAGAUCUUCUGGGUUGCCGCGCUGGCCCCUCCUCGACUGUCGCGGGGCCUGAGCUACUGCAACGGUGCCUUCACCUUGCUGGCCUGGACAUUUGCGACCACCGGUUGUUUCGUCUUUACCGGACAAAUGUUCGUCGCCUUCGCCACCAUCUUGAAUGAACAGUAUCAAAUCCAGACCUAUCAGGUAUUUUUGCUUGCCAUCGCUUCCGCUCUUCUCUCGCUGGUCUUCAACAUCUGGCUUUUCAACUGGAUUCCUGCCAUCGCCAAAUUCUUUGUCGUCUUCAUCAACGCGGGCACGGUAUACCUCUUCGUGGCUCUACUGGUUCGCGCACAGCCCAAGGCCACCGCCAGUGCCGUCUUCACGGAGGUUGUCAACGAAACCGGUUGGGCGUCAAAGGGACUUGUGUUUUGCCUCAACGUCCUGCCUGGAAGUGCCUCCGUGACGGUCUUCGAUGCCGCCGCUCACAUGGCGGAAGAGUUACCCCAUCCAGAGAAACAGGUUCCACAGGUCAUGAUCUUCACCAGCCUCCUGUGCGCAUUGGGCGGGUUCAUUAUGAUCAUCGUCUACCUCUUCUGCACCACCAAUCCAGCGGCGCUCCUGGAGCCCAUUGGCGGUCAGCCGAUCUUUCAGCUCUUUCUCGAUGCCUUCCGGUCGAAGCCACUACUGGUGAUUGCGGCACUCAUCUUCUGCGCCGUUUUCGUCUUCGCCUGCAUCUCGUUUGUGACAACCCUCAGUCGCGUUUUAUGGUCCUUUGCCAAGCACCACGGCACGCCGUUCAGCAACUUUCUUGGCCACGUCCACCCUAAUUCACAGAUUCCUGUCAACGCGGUCUGUGUCUGCACACUCGUGACAGGUUUGAUUUGUUUAUUGGACUUUGGGCCGGCUCUCAUCCUGAAUGCCUGCUUCGGCGCCAGCUCAAUCUGUGGUGCCGUGUCGUAUGGCAUGCCGAUUUGGUGUCUCAUCUUCAAGGGCCGGGGCGAUUUCCCUGAGAAGCGCCAUUAUUCAAUGGGAAAGUUUGGGCUGCUCGUCAAUCUUGUCGCCGUCCUGUGGCAAAUCUUUCAAGUGAUCUUUUUGGCUUUUCCUUUAUAUUAUCCGGUGACGUCCUCGAACAUGAAUUAUGCGAGCGCUGUCAUGGGCGUUGGGGCCAUCGUGUUCGCCAUCAACUGGGUUCUUCAUUCUAGACGACGUUACGAACAACCCAAGCCUCUAUUUGUGGCAGCACUGCACGGCGAUUUGACUCGAAAGGACGCUUGA